CCAGCACACAGUUUGCCAUGCAGGGAUUGAAGAUUGCAAUACAGCAGCAGUGCACUUGAGGCUACACUAGGGGCGGAGUUUGACCUCUCAAGUCUCAAAACAUCACUAAUCCGCGUCGGACAUUCACAUGCACAGGCCAUCACUGGCCCCGUUUGUGCAGGAAAAAAAGGGGACGAUUUUUUUUUUUUUUUUUUACCGAAAUAACACUGUCCCGCCCGGGUGUGUGUGGCAGCAAACAGCGGCUCGGGCUGCAGCCUGUGUGCGUGUCGGAGGGAUUGGGAAUGCUGCACUAUGACAGAUAGUGCGUUACAUGCGUCUGGACAUAUCUGCAGUGUUUUCUAGCCAGUUUUAUUUGGAGCAUUCGGGGAGAAGUGUUGGGGAUUUUGCGCGUUGACAGCUGGACCGCCCUGCGCCUUCAUUGGAGGCAAUCAAGUAUCCGCUUCCCUUUAAGACAUUGUCCAGUUGCCAGUCAAUGUCCAGCAGCACAUGGCUGAGGCUGCCUUGUGGCUGAUCCUGACCAUGCUUUCAACUAACCGCUCUGGAGGUUGGUGGGGAUGAAAUGGAUGGAGCCCAUGGCCAGACCAGCGCACCAGCUCCCACCUCCAAGCAUGUCCGGCCGCAGCAAGUCUCCCCCCAACUCUGGAGAAGUUGCAGGCUCUAACUCCAUGGCAUGGGUGAAGAUGUUCAAAAAACCUGGAGGAGGUCUGAAAAAAUCCUACCAGCCUGGGAGCAUGCUGUCUCUCGCGCUCACCAAAGGCCUGCUGAAUGAGCCCGGGCAAAAUAGCUGCUUCCUAAACAGCGCUGUGCAGGUGCUUUGGCAGCUGGACAUCUUCAGGAGAAGUUUGAGGCAGCUCUCAGGUCACUUCUGUCUCGGUGAUGCCUGCAUUUUCUGUGCUUUAAAGAGUAUCUUCAGCCAGUUCCAGCAGAGCCGAGAGCGUGUGCUGCCCUCCGACAGCCUGCGUAACGCCCUAGCCGAAACUUUUAAGGAUGAGCAGCGCUUCCAACUUGGCCUGAUGGAUGAUGCUGCUGAGUGCUUCGAGAACAUCCUGGAGAGAAUUCAUCUACACAUCGUCUCAGACACUGCAACUGAUGCUUGUUCAUCCAAAUCCUGCAUCACCCACCAGAAGUUUGCAAUGAUGCUUUAUGAGCAGUUUGUGUGUCGCUGCUGUGGUGCGUCUUCAGACCCACACCCAUUCACAGAGUUCGUACAUUACGUGUCAACCACUGCUUUAUGCCAACAGGUUGAUCGCAUGUUGGGGAAGAACGAGCGGCUCAGGUCAGACAUGUUUGGAGAAUUGCUGCAGGCAGCAAACAACACAGGUGGUGACCUCCGAAGCUGCCCGAGCGACUGUGGUCAGAGUAUCAAGAUCCGCCGUGUGCUCAUGAACUGUCCAGAGAUCGUCACUAUUGGAUUCGUGUGGGAUGCCGAGCAGUCCGACCUCACAGACGAUGUCAUUCGGUCACUUGGCCCACGUUUGAACCUGUGUGGGCUUUUCAACCGCGUCACUGAUGAAAACGCCAAACGCAGCGAGCUUCAUCUGGUGGGAAUGAUCUGUUUUUCGAGUAAACAUUACUCAGCCUUCGCCUAUCACACCAAAUCUUCAAAAUGGAUGUUUUUCGAUGAUGCUACUGUAAAGGAGAUUGGAUCCAAGUGGAAAGAUGUUGCCUCUAAAUGUAUCAGGGGACAUUUCCAGCCGCUUCUUUUAUUUUACACCAACCCUGAGGGAUCUCCAGUGUCUAAUGAAGAUGCACCGAGACAAACCACCAUGUGUCCUCGGUACAAAGCCCAAAUAAAUGGUGACGUGACAGUGAAACAUCCCCUUGGCAGUCCAAACAAAUUCCAGGAACCUUUCAUGGAAAAUUUGCAGAGGCCGAGUGAAACAUCGAAGAAGGACAGAGGGCAUCGGAAAACGGACCCAUCACAACACAAAGAGAUGGCACAUGCAAGAUCUUCGUCUCCUCCAGAGAAUGGACCAAGGCCCUCUGUGGACCAAAAAUCAAAAAGCUAUCCACGCACUGAGAAGUCAUCAAACCAUUCAAGCAGAGGAUCUCAUGAGCCACGAGGACAGUCGUUCAGUACGCAGGGUGGUGGGCACAGUCGGAGGAACAACUCUUCCCCAAGUCGCUAUGAUCAGGACAGCAGCCAGGAGCAAUGGGAAAAAGGUGGCAGCGAAGGAAACCGCAAUAAAUCUAAGUCCACUUGGAGGCCCAUUCGAGAGGUGUUAAAUGUUGACACCGUGCUGAAUGAACUGGAGCAGCGCCGGCAACAGCAACACGACAGCCCGCGGCACAGUAAGCCUUCAUCCCAGGAAAGAGUGCACGCUGAACAAAGCCGAGAGCGCGAGCGGGAACACGUACGAGCCAGGGAGGAUCGGAAGCAGAAGUGUCUAAUGACGAUUUAUGAGGAUGAACAGCGGCAUGAGACCGAGAGCCACAGCUCUGUGGAGUCAGAGAGCAGGGCCAACCAACAGAGGGGCAGCAGGCUGAAAGGUGGCCCCAAGACACUGCUGCGGAGUGAUACCUGGACCAUCCAAAGGACAGAGUCUGGCUACGAGAGCAGCGAUAGACUCAGCAGUGGCUCCACCAAUCCCGACUCACCUGGUGUUGAUGGCUUUAUUGUUAAAGACCAGAGGUCAACACCAGAGGCGCAGCUGCAAAGUCUGCUGCACCAAAAAGGAGGCGAUGCCAAAUCAAGUAUAAUGUCCUCACCUUCACACAAUGGUAAACAUCAACCCAAACCUCAGGGAAAGAACCAUGACCAAGUUUUACAUUCACAUCUAAAGUGCAGUCCAAGUUCGAGACGGAAAUCAAAGUACACUUCCAGUUCUUCCAGAAAAGCAGCGUCCUCAGAGAGAGACUCCACUGGCUCAGAUAACCGGCAGAGCGAACAGCAGGAGCUGACGAACUGUAGAGGGCACACUGGAGAAAGUACAGCCCUGAGGCACAUUACAAAAACCAGCAGCUCAGAAUGGAACAGCUCCGAUGAUCUCGCUCUCUCUGAGCCCGAGGACAGAGAAAACACUUACCGCAACAGCGAGGCCGUCGCCUCCGAAUCCCAGUGUCCUCACAUGACCCUGCCAUACCACCCUCCCAGCAAUGUGACUGCAGAACCACUCCAACUCCAACUAAACAAUCAGCGUCAGCUCGGCACGUCAGGGUCGCCGCACCUUCGACCGACGCAGCGGACCUCUCCUCACCAGGGCGAAACAAGCCACGCUGUGUUUCGUCCGAGGAUGCUCCAAGAACCAUUUCCCUCAAGUCCUCGUCUUUCAUCCACAUCCUACGCUAGUCCUCACAGGAGGCCUGACAUGUCAGGCCUCAGAACCUUCUCAGAUGCAAGCUCCAAGUCAGGCUCAGACCCAGAGCGGAGCACUCCAUCAUCAUGUGAAAGUGAGGAAAGACUGACUGGAUGCAGAGUGGAACAGGCAGCGCCGGCUCAAGAGGUUUCUCUGACAACGUACUUCACUGUGGAUAACUGUAUGACGGAAACAUACCGUCUCAAGUACCACAACCAGAGGCCUCUUGUCCUCUCUGCCACGGUGCCGCGGACAGUGGUUGUGACUGAGCGCAGAGAUACCAGCCACACACUCCCCACUGACACAUACUCACAAGAUGUGCCAAAAGCCAGACCUGAAACAAGCCAUAAUAGCAAUAAACCCACUGCAAAAUGGAACCCAGUGACAGCCAAAGGACUGGAUGAACGUGGUUUUUUAUGAGUGUUACUUGGUAAGGUUUGUUUACAUGGAUGGGAAGAGGUCAGUAGAGUUCUAACUGGAUGCCAAAGAGUUUACAGAAUGGAAAUAUGUCCCGAAUGGCAACAUCUCCAUAACGAGUGGAAUUUAUUUAUGCAAGCUUGUCACAUAAGUAAGACCUAUUUCUAAAUGCUGUUGCGUAUCGUCUGACGGAUUAUCAACUAUCACGUAUACUCUGCCGUCUUCCAUUGUCCCGCAGUAUUGCUGCAAAGAAGAUUUAGUUUGAACCAAAAUCAGGACUUUUUUCAGUUUGCACAAAAGGGUUCUGGAGUCUUUACUAUUCUUUUUAAUCUCUUUAUGUCAAAUGUUCAUUUUUUUAUUUGUGCAGGAGUUCUGCAGAAGUGCUGCGGAUUUAAAGAUGCACCGAUAUAUUUAAAGACGUGAGAGAUUAUGAGGAGCCACAGAGUGAAAUCACAGAAUGUUCAGAACGUGGAAAGUUAAAGAUACUUGAUCAGAUUAUGAUGUCAUUCUACACAACUAAAUAAAAAACUACAGGUCGAAGGUUUGUGUCAUCAACAGCAGGUUUUAAGUCAGUGGUUCCCAACUGGUGCAGCCACGGGGUCCAGAUUUCUCCUCAGUCAUUAGUUUGAGGUCCACACGGUUUAAUAUAUUCAGCUUCGUACUUGCAUUUGGCCAUGUCGUUGAGCUAGAUGCUGUCUCUGUCAAGCAGCUGUCCAUUAGUCACUCACACUACAGCAGGAAACAGCACUUAAAGCAACUCUUACCAUUCUUGCAUUUCACAAAGCACUUGGAAAAAAUUUGAACAUCCACAACUCCCACCUCCUUCCACCUGCAACUCCACUUCCCUCCAAAGGCCUACUCCCCCUCCUCAAUUACAUCCUCAUUACGUCUAUGAUAGAUGUAGGUGUUGGCAAAGUAACGUUAGCUACACGGAAGAGGAGAGCGAGUGUAACGUUACACCCACGACAGUCAAACGCAACCCCGAAGUUUUAAAACUCAAUGGGAGUCAGUGAUGACUGAUGAGUUUUAGAAUAUGGUUACAGUGCUAACGUUAGAUAGAAGCGUUAACAUUACUAGUAAGUGGAAACGCACAAGGAAAAUAACGUUGACCUACGCAACGCUACAUUAGCCGUUAGCAACCAGAUGCUGUGUUGUCAUAUAUAACGUUAUAGGCUAUGUUACAUUAGAGGCAAACUAAACUAAAAAUACCUGUCCAGCAGAAACUCUGCGACCAUCUCGUCCCUUUUUAGCUCAGGAGGAAGCUGCAUCAGUCUUUGUCAUCGCUUGAAAGCAGAGCCGAAGUUUUGGCUCUUCCAGCAUAUUUGUUGUCUCACAGACUCAGGGGCAGGGGCCGUAUGAGAAUGGUACAAUUAUGAGUUUUUAUCUCUGGUGGAAUUCAUUUACAUUUUAGUGUGCCAUCAGCUUAUUAAUAACAUUUUAACCGAAACAAAGAAAGGCGUAAAAUUUCCAGAAAAUUAUAUGUUGCUUUAAAAUAAAAGCUCUUUGCUGGAAAUACCCCGUACUUCAAAAUAAGGCGUGCUUUUUUCUUUUUUUUUUUUCUUUACAAGCUUGACCCAUUCGCGAGUCACUUCCAUUCAGAAAGGACCUGCGACCCACUUUGGGACCACGACCCACCAGUUGGGAACCACUGUUUUAAGUAGUUCACUUAUUUGCACCUGUCAGAGGAGUAAUAUCUGGGCAGCUUACUGACUUUAUGCACAUCGAGGGCUUUAGGUCACCAGGAAACAGACAUUGCAACACUUCCAUAUAUUCAGUUACUGAUUUGUUUAAAUUGUUAUCAUUUAUCAGUUGUUUUACAACAUUUAUGUGUUAAUGAGUGACUGAGGGCUGCCCCGUACCAGUCCACUCCUCUGGCUGUAAAAGUCUGGUGGCAAAGAUUCUUCCGCCAUCAUUCAUUACAAAGUAUACAUCUUGGAGAGGUUUCUCAAAAUGUGAUUUUGGAUGACUGUGUUCAGUUUUUGGCAGACUCCAAGUUGUACAAUUUGUUGACUGUGAUGUUCUGUAGGAGGGGCAGCCCUUAUGUUAUUCAGUGGGUCACUAUAUACUGUGUCACCUUGUAUAUUUUACCUUCGAUCGUGCUGGUACUUGUAAUCCUUUUUUGUAAUUCACAGUGAUGUCAAAUUGUAUUUUUUCAGUCUUCCUUUUAAAGUAGACGGAUUUAAACAGGUCUGUAUUUGCAGGUAUUUUCAUAAUGAUGCCAAUAUAAUUAAUAUGCCUAUCUGAUAUUGACCAUACAACAAAACAAUUAUUCUUGUUCGUAAGACUACUGUUCUGAAACCUGCAUGUGGCCUUUACAAAGUCUUAGUAGCUGUGUGUACAGCAUAAGCAUGAGCAUGAUAAUACCGGACUUUGAGUCCAAUAAAACGUAAAUUCUAUUGGAUUUUACUUAAUUGUGAUAAAAUCUAGUCAUUAAAUAGCAAAUUGUGCCGACAUUUGAUUUGGAAACUUUUGUAACACUUGAAUGUUGUUCCCCUUCUCGUGCUCAUGCAGCAACACAUACGUUUGGUUAUGCACCCAUUGUAAAUAUGAACAUGUGAUGCAAAUAAUACGCUGGAAAACAAGUGACUGUCCGAGACAUACUAUGCAUUCACUGAAAAUGACUUUACGAUUACUUUAAAAGCAGAAUUUGGCAUUUUUAAGGCUUUGUAUUUUGUACAUCCAACAUUCCCGAGAGCACAUAAAAAUCAGUAUAGGUCAAUUUUGAAAUAUUGAUAUCAGUUUUCUUUUGUGCUCACUAUAUUGCCAAGUCUUUUCCUGCCAUUUAUGCAUAUCUUUUCACUGUGUGUUUUUGUCCAACCACAAUAACCUUUGUCCAGGUAUUUCUAUUCUAAGCGCACACAUUCAGUCACUAACUUUGCUGUGUUUGUGCUGUCUGACACUAAAGGAUGGUGUGUAGAGAUUUGUGUGUGUAUGUGUGGGUAUAUGCCUGUUUGAGUUGCCACAACUGAACUUGUAAUUUGAGCAUCUACUUGGAUUUGUCGUGGUUUGUUUACUGACAUUGAUCAAAGGAACAGUGUGUAAGGUUUAGGGGGAUUUAGUGGCAUCUAGUGGUGAGGAUUGCAGAUUGCAACCAGCUGAAACAGCUCUUGUUAGAUUUCUGAAGUGCUCAUUGUUCAGGUUUUUACUGGGAGCUGACCUACCCAUGGAGGUCUUUUACUCUUCUAAACAAACUACCCAGGUGAUUGCAACAGGUAGAAACACUGAGUAAAGCAGAGUCGAGUUACAAAUCAAGUCUCCGAGGCUAGCCUAGCACCUGCUAAUGAAUGCUCACAUAUUUUCUCUGAUAACCUAAGAUCCAGAUGUUCAGGAGGUUUCUACUAGGAGCUGAAUUAUCUGCAGGGGUCUCUUUCUCUCCAAAACAAAUGGACCAGGUGAUUUCAACUGGUAAAAACACUGAAUGAAUCACUUUCACGUUGAAAAAUCAGUGUUUUCUAAAGGGGCUGCUAACGGUGGCCGAUACGAAAACGCCAGUGGCCCUAUGUAAAGUCACUAUUUAGUUUGUAUGUUCUGGGCUACUGUCGAAACAUGCUAGAGCAACAUGAUGAUCUCAGUGGACAAGGACCUGCCCCCUGUGUUGAUAUAAACAGCUCAUGCUAAGGUAACAGAAACACGAUUCUUAUUUUUAGGUGCUUUUACACUUAAGAAAGCAUACAUAUUAUAUUACUUUUCUACCAAUAUAUCCCCCGACAUCCUGCACACUGGACCUUCAAUUCAAAGAAAAAGAAGGCUUUCAGUGUAACUGAGCUAUCGAGCAGUCUAAUUGUCCAAAUAAUGUAAGGAUGCCUUUACACAAGAUUGUGCUGUCGUAAUUAUAAAUCACUCAUUUUACCAUUAUGAAAUAUCUAAUAUAUUCACUGGAUGAUAAAAUCACUAAACUAUUGAAUUAGAUGAAGCUCAGUUGGAUCAACCAGAUUAUCUUCAUGUUGUUUCACCUGCAAUGUGAUUUUCUUUGUGCGUGCGUGUGUGUGUUUUCUUAUGUGACCUAUUUAUGGUACCUUUCCUGUUAUUGAAUUCUUUUCCUCAUCUGUAAAAAAUAGGAAUCAUUUCCACACCAGUUGUAUUUUAAAUUCUGAACUUUGUGUCUUCAGUUGUAUCCAGAGUGCCUUGACAUUUUUCAGUGGGACAUAUUAUGUGAGUGAAACCACAGUGAGGGACUGAAGUUGAAUGAAUGAAAGGGUUGGAGGAUGUCAUGCAAAACCUUUUAAAUAUGCAAUGCUAAUAGUGACAUAUCUGAUGACAUGCCUGUGUGCAUCAUUGUACUGUGUGUGUGAGUGUGUGUAUGUGUGUGAGGGAGUGACGGGAGGAGGGCGGAUUUGUGACAGGUACAAUAUUCCUAAAAGCCCUUUCAGACUUGGAAGCCACAACAACUCUCUGGUCACUCUGCAUCCAGCUGCACUGGCAAAAGUGUGACAUGUUCAAAUGUCAUGCUUUGAUGCUUGUACGUGCAUCCCACCUUCCAGUUUGAAAGAGCCUUAAUGUAUAAUAACUGACAGAUUUACUUGGGUUAUUAUUAAAUGUGCAUGCCUGUGUGUCUGUUUGUGUGCGAGCUUGGAAAAAGAAGCUGAUAAUUGUGUUUUCCUCUUGCGCCCCAUGAUCCAUAGUCUUCAUUCAUACUAAGGCUCUAUAUACUUGGGAGGCCUGUGACAAAAGGUCUUUAUGUCCUGUGUCACAUGACGUCACGGUUGGCAUUGCAUCAAUCCAUAUCUUUUAUCUUGUGCUAAAUAUACGGGGACAGCACCUAAUUAGACUGUAUUACAUCAACACUCAAGAACAAAGACGAACUUUCCCCCAUUAUGUGGCUGAUUUUAUCUGAUACGUUACUGGCUGAUGUGUUGGAACUGUAUGCCUCACUGAAUCCUAUUGUCAUACCUCUGUAUGUGGUUAGGAUUUGGCCUGCAUUACUGUUGAAUUGAGUUGUCGGUGCUUCAGUGAAUGCUUCAUGACUUGUGUAAGUACAGAUCAAUUUAAAGAAACAUAUAAAAUCUGUCUACACUUUAUAUUUUUGUAGAUAAUAUAUAUUUAUUUUUAUUCAUUGUUGAAUAAAGUUUAAAUUAUUGUAUCACUCUCA